AUGGCUGAAAAACAUCGUCGCCGCGAGCAUCAAAACAUCGCAAGUGGAGGAGGUUCAUCAUCAAGAGGAACACAACGAUCAAAUUCGUCACCAAGUUUCCUCAAUUCUAUUGACACACUUGGCGCACCACAAACAUCCCUUGAUGCUUCGUCAUCAUCACACCGACCACUUGGUACUCAUUCUCCUCAUGCGUCCUUAGCAAUCUCGAGCAAAGUCAAUGCUCCUGAUGGUCCUGCCACUGGACGCGUUGGAAACAAACCAAUCGUGUACGUACCAAAACCGUCGCAAGAUGAAGGAAGAAAGGUCAAGGAUCAUAAGCCGGCAACCACUUCUAAGUCAGCCAGAGGAAGCUCGCCCACCCCUUUACUUGACAACAAACCUCAAGAUACAGGACCGCUACAUAAUCUCAGGUAUUUAAAGUGGUAUAUGAGACCUCGAUCCAAUGCCGAAAAUCUUGAGCCUCGUGAGAGACAAGCUCAACAACACCUCCGAGGUCGUCUCAAUAGAGGUGCGCUUUGUAUAAACACUCACUUUCCUAAAGAAGAUGAGGAAAGCUACAGUAAAAGCACGCAAGAAAGAAUCGACUCUCCCAAGCCAAGCAGAUUCAAAGAACCCUCUUCUAGGAAUAAGAUUCAGGAUUCGACCGUAAAAUCCGCUCCGAAAACCAAGCCGACUUCGACUACAAAGUCAAGUUCGACUACGAUAACCACUUCUAAAGAUAAGUAUCAAGAUUCGACCACAAAGCCUGCUGUGAUAACAGAGUCGAGUUCAACUGCGAAGCUCACUGGAAAUUUCAAGUCUGACGCUCCGCAAAAAUCUCAGAAUUUACCUUUGAAGCAGAACAAUCAAAGUUCCGAGACAUCACUUGCUACAAAGUAUUAUCGAGAAUUAUAUCUACCUUCAAUUGGACAAAUUUCAUGCAUUAACAAAAUAAAAGAACCUGUUGGUCCGGCAUUGGAAUCAUUAGCCCCAAAGAUGGGAUCUUCUCUUUCAGCUCCAAAGGAUUUGUCGUCAACACCGACAUCCGCACCUGCUCUGGCAGAAGCAAAAGGUGGAUCUGUCCUUACAGCAAGUUAUUCGUCUGUGUCUGGCCCCAAAGAAAAUACAUCAUUCCAAACUCCUGGUGCUGUACCGUAUAAUUUGACGCCUUCUCCUCCUGACAGUGGACAAGAAAGUGAUUACCGUGGGCCAUAUGGUGGACGUUCAACUUCUCCGUCUGACAAUGGUUUCAAUAUUGUUUCUGAGUCUCCCACGGCUCUGGAACUUGGACUGACUUCAGUUCCGGCCAAUGAAAAGACCACAAUUCAGGAAACUAAAGCGGCGUCUCCAGUUGCCGAAAAACACAGUCCCGACAGGCGAAAUUCGAUCGAUACAAAGAUGCAGGACACGGGAGGUAUAGCACAGUCUCCGAAGGUUGUCAACCACGCGACUCCUUUGAAUUCUGAAACUGAGAGACCAGGAUCGCACAUUCGGCCCGACGAAGAGAUGCAAUAUUUGAUUGAUUUGACAGAACUAAACGUGAUCACUGGUGCAGCUUCUCCGGCUUCCAACAACCCCACCGCACACACUCAAUCUGACGAAGAAAUACGGGACGCAAUUGAUUUGACUGGAGAGGAAGAAAUGCGGGAUGCAAUUGAUUUAACUGGAGAGGAUGAACAGGUACAGAAAUCAAUUGAGCAGGACGAAGAUAUGCCGGAUUUAAUGGAAGAUGCGCAGAGCAACACGGAGUACCGUCCAGGAAGAGCAAAUGUUACGAGCUCUUCAAUCUUCAGACCUGCCGGUUUCGCGGAAUCGGAGGUAAGAUCUGAGCCAGAGCCAGAGCCAGAAGCUGAAACUGAGGUUGUGCAACGUAAAUUCGAAGAGCAGGUUACAAUCGAUUUAACUCUGUCUCGAUCACCCACACCCAAGCUCGACGAUUUGCCACGGCAUAUUAAUCAAAUCAGUGCUGACCUUGCCUCCUCCAGAAUCAAUCAAGUCGUCGCAGGAAGGGACCGGGUUUCUGCACAUGAAAAUCGUUACCAGAAUAGUGAUGGGCGCGCUACUUCUCCAGACCUUGUAGGACUUAUGCCAAACGACAAGGCUCAAAUUGAUAAUCCCAUCAAAGACGAAUUCUUUGAAAAUCAAAAUGAAUUGCAAGUUGUUGCAUCCCUGGAGGACAAUGGACAAAGCAGCAAACCUGCAAACGACGGACUUCCAAGAAAAAGCUCCGGCCGUAACCAGAGAAUUCCUAUACAAUCAACAUCAUCUGCUAAGCAUGUUGGUGUCGUUCAAUCCGAGACUGAUGACUCCGUUGAGGCUAGUGCAUCUGCUCAGGGCGACGCAAUGGAAAUUGAUGAAAGUACUGAGAUUGGCACACCCGUCGAGGCUGCUACACCUGGUGAAGCAAAAAAGAAACGCAAAGGUAAACGCGGAGGUAAAGGAAAAGGCAAAGGUAAAGGUGUUGCCAAGAGUGCCGAUGAUCAAAAUACUAUGCACUUCGACGAUCGACGACUCGGUUCUGAUCUCGCUCAGAUUCCUAGCGAUUCUGAGCAGGACCCUUUCAAAGACCAAAGUGAUAGGAUCAUGAGUGAGGCAGAAGUCAAACAAGCAAUUCUGGACGCCCUAACCGUUCCGGUCUUUCCAAAGGCUCCACCAAAAUCUAUGGUCACUGACGAGAAAGCUUAUAAAUUGGCCGAGGAAGGAGAAUACUUUACUUUGUCGCAUGCACUAUUCAGUGUGGUUCCCAAGGAAGUGUAUGACCGAGUUUGGAAGGAUGAAUACGAACGUCCACAAAUCAGCUUGUCGAGCAAGACACCUAAAUGGAUUCGUCCUCUCGAUCCUACAAUUAAACACCCAGCCAAGCCGGAAACUGAUUCUGCUGAGUUGAUCAAGGUUUUAUGCGAAAUUGAGAAGUUAUUGAUUUCUGUUUGGAUUGGAGUUGAGGCGAUUGUUGUUGUAUUGUAUUCUGAGCUUGAUGACAAAUUUACCUCACGCGACCUCGAGGAGUAUUUUCGUGUCUACCAAGUGCAGAUCUACGAUGGAUGGACCGAUCUUCAUGCACACCUCGUCACAUUGGCUGAUUGGAAGGAUCGAUAUUUUGCAAUUACCAAUAUCAAGAAGCGAGCUGCUCGUCCCAACGCCGAUCCAUACGCUCGUCUUUUUACAAUCAAGAACCCAUCUGAUCUACUCUUCUACGGAACCAUGGAAUAUCUCAAAGCUAUGCAAGCUGCAAUGAAAGCUGCUCAAGACGCAAAUGAUUGUGUGAUGAUGAAAGGCCCCAAAUGGAAGCAUAUGAUCAAAAUGGACAAAGCUGUUAUGGGCAAGGAAUUUAGCAAGUGCCUUGACGGAUUGAGAAUGUUUAAUUCAUACGUCAGAAAGAGAGACUGGGAUGUUCCGGGUGCGCAUGAAGAUGACGCACUUCCUCCUAUGAUCGCUUCGAAGCUAGCUACCAAGAAUGAGUCCAAGCAAGUCUCGUCUAAGGGGAAGGAAGUUGCUGUUGAAGAUGUUUUCCAAGAGAACUCUGGUGAUCUGAGUGAUGGCGAUCCACCAGGAUAUUACGAGGCGCCAUCGAAGUACAAGAGAAAGCAAAUUGCUGUUGAGGAUGAUACCGAAGAGACAUCUGGCGAUGUAAGCGACGGCGAUCCACCCUACUACGAGGAAGACGACGACAAAGACAAUGAUUACGUCGAGGCUCGUUCUCACCGCCGUCGCAGUGGCCCCAAGCUCUUAGUACAACCACCCACUCCUACUAACAGACGUGUUUCCGGUGCUAUUGCCUCUUCGUCUUCUCGCCGCGUUUCAUCAAGCAACAAGAUGAAACUCGACAAUGGAAACAAGGCUUCAUCUACUGACUGUUUUUCUCGUCAUCUUUCAACCAAGGAUUGUAUGAAACGAAACAAUGGACGUGGAGCUUCAUCCGGUAGUAAUGCAAUGGAUUCGAGCGAUGAAUUUCCCAGAGGUCGUUCUCUUCACCGCGCCGGUUCCAUCGCAACUCCAGCUUCUAUGAAGACUGUCAAAAAAGGAGCAAAGCGACUUAUGGUUGAGAUCGGUCCGAGCUCGAGCCCCAAAGACCCCAGGGAUUAUUUCGAGACACCAUAA